GGCGGCGGCGGCGGCGGCGGCGGCGGCCUGCGGGGCCGCCCGAGAGGCGGUGCCGGGCGGGCCCGGGCUGCUGCUGCCUGGGUCGGGUUGCACAUGGCUCUGUCGCAGCCUCUUCUUUCUUCCCUCCAAACUCUGGCUGCUUUUGGGGAGACAGGUAAUAUCACUCCACUCCACUCAAAUUGUGCGAAGCUCCACACGUCGAUUUUUUUUCUUUCGAUUGGGAGUUAAUUGAAACGCUUCCAGACCCUUCAGAAGCAACCUGCAGCUGAAAUCCCUGUAGGACGCUGUACAACCUGUGGACAGGGGUCAGGCUGGACAGAAGUGCCAUAGGUGUGCAGAGAGCUUGGCUUCCAGGUGCCUUGCACUACCGUGGAGGUGUUUUCUGGGACGGAAGAGGUCUGGCUGCGAGGACCGUCUGGGGAGGGAAAGAGAGCCGGUGACUCCAGGAAGAAAAACUGGAGCGUCUGCAGCUGUGACGCAGCCUGCACAUAGCACGGAGGAGAGAAACACCAUCAUUAAUGCCUGUACCCCAUUAGGACUCCAGAUUGUUCCACGAGCCAAAGCGGCCACCGGUAUGAAUUAGAACGGCUGCUUCUAGUUACAGCAGCCACCCAUCCAGGGGACACAAGGGCCUGAAGUUACCUUUUUUUUCUUCCCUUCGCUUGCUCGCUUGUGCUUUCUGCUCCCCCCGGGCAGUGUGGCUCAGGUUGGCCACCCAGGUGGGAGGUCAGCACUGAAAUAAAAGUGUGGCCAUUUACCCAGGUGCAGAAAGGGGCUCCACAGCCCUCCAUGGGUACCCAGGUCCCCCCCAAAAGCUGUAAGAAGCAAGGCACGAAACAGGAGUUAGGUGCCAGAGCAGCACUGUGGGAGCCACCACACAGCAAAAGUGCCAUACUGGAUGGAGACGGCGGCCCCACGUCUAACCGUUGUCAGCGCUGCAAGUCUGAGAGGAAGCAAAAUACAGAAACUCUUUAGCACUAGUACUGUCCUGUCCACUAAGGAAGAUGGAUCAACUGCUUCUACAGACAGCACCACCAAAAUGGCAUCGAAGAGUCAGGAGGAUUCAGCAGAAACACCAAAGCAGAAGUUGUUAAACAUUAUUGGAAACAUGAAAGUAGAAGUGAGCUCCAAGAAGAAAUUCCGGCAAUUAAAAACACAUGAGACGAAAAAGCAAGCUAUGAACGAGCUGGAAGGCCUGGACAGUAAAAGUAGUACCUUUCCAAAAGCUACAAAAGACAUCCAGCGAGGCAAGCCUUUAAAUCGAGAACUAGUGGAGGCUGCUUCUGCAGUCGCAUCUUCUUUACCACUCAACAAGGAACAGACAGAAUCCGAUUUACUUGCGCAACUAAGAAGGCAUGAAGAAACUACAGAUAAACAGAAGAAGGGGGGGACUAUUAACAUACGCAACGUUAUUUCAGACAUGACAAUUAAGAGAGAGUCCCCAGCUCAGAGAGGUGUGAGGAUAUCCAAUCUCAUUUCUUUGGAGCUAGAAGAGGAUGGUAAAAGAAUCAAGCCUGAAAGACUCUCACCUCAGUCUUCUGAUUCCAGAAGGAGUCUCAAAGUAGGAAGAAGACUUAAUAUUUUCACUAAGACUUCUCCAGAUACAGAAAAGGCACUGAAAACAGAAUCUUCACCAACAAUUUGGGAUGUGGAAUUUGCGAAGGAGAUUGCGGCAGUAACUGAGCAGCCUCCCCGAAAUGGUUUUGAGGAAAUGAUCCAGUGGACAAAAGAAGGAAUACUAUGGGAAUUCCCAAUUGACAAUGAAGCUGGGAUGGAGGAUGAUGCUGAAUUUCAUGAACAUAUUUUUCUGGAGAAACAUCUAGAGGACUUCCCCAGGCAAGGACCUAUUCGCCACUUCAUGGAGCUUGUGAUCUGUGGGCUUUCUAAAAACCCGUACCUAACUGUUAAACAGAAGAUCGAGCAUAUUGAGUGGUUUCAGAAGUAUUUUGAGGAAAAGGAGGAACUUCUUCAAGAGAUUUGAGACUUCGAAAAGCCUAACCUUGAAACGAAGAAUUUAUUAAAUCAAAAUUGAUGACUUCUUACUAAAAGGAAAUGCUAUCAAUGCAUAGUAAGCAUGUGACCUGAAAAUUGAUGUGUUUUUUUAAAAAUAUUAAAAUGCUUGAAAUGUC